CUCCGAGAUCAAGAGGCCAUGCUCUACCCACUGAGCCAGUCAAGUGUCCCUUGUUUUUGUUUUUAAACAAAACUUUAAGUCAGUCGACUUACUGAAAAUUUGGCAAUGUUUACACAAAAAUCUGGAUUUCUGGCUUCAGUCUUGGUCACGCCUGCUUGGAUCUGAGCCCGGGAUACCCUCUUCAGCCAAAGUGUGAGGUCCAGUUGGCUCUCUUGCCUCUCUUAGGGCCAGAUGUCCGGCCCCCGAAGCAUCUGACAUCUCUGUCGCUUGUGGAGGCAGAUGGCAUCGAGUUUUGCUCCACCUUUUCCCCCUGCCCUGAUCCCCGUUCCUUCCGAAGCACCUCUCGUCCCAGGCUAAAGCUUUUUCUUUCUUAUCCUUCAUCCCACUCCAGAAUUGGGGACCUCAAGACUUGGGCCGUUUUGCCCUGGUUGUAGGAAGACAAAUUUUUAAUGCUAGAUUUUUCUCUCCCCCUAACUCUGUCCUUCUGUCAACCUUUAGCCCAGAAGGCAGAGCGUGCGUGUGAGACAUUGUGAGAUGUUGGCAGCUAGGCUGUGCUGCCCUGGAAAACUCAGGCAUCCCUCAACCUUUUCUUGGUACAGUCCUUCCUGAGGGACUUCCCACUGGCUCUUCCCUCUGCCUAGAACAUUCUUCCCCCAGAUGUCACAAGGACCAGUUCCUUGUCCCUCAGAUCUUUGCUCAGAAGUCACCUCCUCAGAGGGGUCUUCCCUGAGUGCCUUAUCCGAAGUGAUUCCCAUCAUUCUGUUAUCUCUAUGGAACUUCUUGUCACCAGAGUGUCAGCUACUCGAGGGCAGGGUUUCUGUUAUCACCAGGAGGAGGUUCCUGGGACCUCCGUAGGAACAGGAUGGGUUCGUGGGCCCUGAAGGGAGUUAGCGAACCCCAGCACAUCUGAUGAGCCCCCUGGCCAGUUUAGCUUUUGUAGCAAGCAGCCGGCCCCUUUUUAUAUUUUCUAGAGAAUCUUUUUUUUUUUAAAUCUCAUUUCCCUGCUGCCCCUUCUUGGCCAGAGACAUUCCGGGUGCCUGUUUUUGUUUUUAAAUCAAACCAGGGAAUCCUGUGCCUUUCUCUGCCCAGCCGAAUGAAGCGCCCAGCCCCGUACCACGGUAGCCAUUUGCCCGCCUCCUUACUCAGGGAAUUUCACACCAAGAACUGCCAAGGGGCAGGGCCUGUUUUGGCCUGGAAAGGUCGGUGUCCCUUCCCCAGCCCCCAGGAUGGUGCUGCCUGCCCGCCUGGUGUCUAACAGUGACCCCUCAGUGUAGGAACAAUGGCCCCAUUUUCUAAGGAUGACUAAGGGGGGGCUGCUCGUAUGAGGGAAAGGCAGGCCGAGGCCUGUCUGAGCUCAAGAAUAAACUGAAUGAUUUCUUGGCCUUGGUCCUUCCUCCUUCCUCCUUCCCGGGUGGGGACUGGAGGGGUGGCCCGGGUGCCGUUCCGGGGUCAGGGUGGGGUCCUGCCUGGCGGGGAGACACAGGUUACAGCCACGGGGGGCUGGUGUCUAAUCUUUGCGGCACAGGCUCGCCCCAUUUUACAGAUGUGGAAAGUGAGGCUCAGUGUGGGCCUCGGGGUCGGGAGGACCUGGAACACUUCCACGUUCUGGGGGGUUAUUGUUGAGAUUCUGAUUCUCUUCAAGAUGAAGCGGUGCCAAAACAGAGUUACAAAAGGCUGUGGUUAAUAUUUGACAUUUUUCUAUGGGAAAAAAAUGUGAUUUUUGUAACCCGCGUGGAAAACACAAUGCAGCAGUUCUCUGCCUACUCGAACAAUUACGGACCGCAGGAGGGCACCAGAAUUUUUGCUGUAGUUUCACAUACAAUUGACAGCGUUACAUCAGCUGUGGCCCGAACCAUGGUGCUGGGCCGCGUGCUCUCUGUGGAUUGGUUUCUGAUACCACCGUUGUUCUGUGUCUGAGUCCAGGCUUCGAAAAGCCUCUGAUGACCUCUCUGGGUGUCUGCAGCUGAUGGGUCCCCAAACGGGGCCCACGUUUUAGGUCCUGGGAAAUCCAAAGUCAUUUUCAGUCCCAUCUGUGGGUUUGAAAUGCUCUCAGUUGGCAAAGGUGUCCAAAGUCUCCAUCGAAGGCCUUCCGCGACGGUGGCCUUGGUUCUUCUCGGGCAUCGGGGGGGGGGGGGGGGGCAGAGGCACUUUGUCGCUUGGUGCCGUAGUCCCCUGGCUCCCCCAGCUUAUUAUGAGCAAGACCACUGGGUGAUGUUUGAGCACUGAAAACCGACCACCAAAAGACCCACGUCGACAAAAACACCACAACUGGCCUCUAAAAAACUACCAGGAACUUCUCUGUCUGACAAUGUUGAAACAUCGUAGGGCUGCUGUAUCCUGGCUCAGGCACAUCGAUCUGAAAACCUGGACGUGGGCCUGGGCCACCUCAAACCCCUUUGAACCUGGAUCCCUCAGCAGCCUUGGCUGCUGCUGCCCUGUGAAAAGGGGCAGGGGGCCGGUAAAGCCCAGAGAGGGCAGGGAACCUGUUCCAGGUCACACAGGAAUUGGGUCUUGAGCCUCCUCGGCCAUGACCUUGCCCCUCUCCAUUCAGGACCCUGGUCCUUGUAGGGCUGUGGCCCACCCCUCCUUCUUCUAGCCAGGAAUAGUGACCUUCCUCUCAGAGCCAGGAAGGGUGACCCCCGACUCCCCACCUGGGUCUGGCUUUAUCCCAGACCUGGGCACUGCAAGGCUGGGAGUGAGCAGAGCAGAGGCUGGGCAGUGGUGCCCGAGAGAGCACUGCCCUGUCCCUCUUGGCCCGGCCGCUCCGCUCCACAGGGUGUGCCUAGGGCUACGGGGCACCGGCACAGAGAGAGUUACAGCCGGGGCCCCUCCCAGUCUCCUGAGCCACCAUCCCUUAGCAACAGUCCUGCUGGGCAGGACGCGUUGCCAGCGCUGGGCAAAGUGGGCAGGAGCCAGAGGAGUGGCUGUCUGGCUUCCAGAACAGACGCAGGGCAGGUGAGCAGGUAGUGGGCCGGGGCAGGCUUGCGGCACCUGACCACAGCCCGGCCGGCAGAGUGGGAGCCCUUCCUCCGGCUCUCUCCAAUCCAGCUCCCCAGACAGCCCUGACCCAGCAUGGAUGUGGACGCCACUGUGGAGAAGCUCCGGGCACAGUGUCUGUCCCGAGGGGCCUCGGGCGUCCAGGGCCUGGCUAGGUUUUUCCGCCGCCUGGAUCGGGACAAGAGCCGAUCCCUGGACGCGGGGGAACUCCAGCGGGGCCUGGCUGAGCUGGGGCUGGUGCUGGACGCAGCUGAGGCGGAGGGUGUGUGCAGGCGCUGGGACCGUGACGGCAGUGGGACGCUGGACCUGGAGGAGUUCCUGAGGGCACUGCGGGCCCGGGAGGCGGUCAUCGCAGCUGCGUUUGCCAAGCUGGACCGCAGUGGGGACGGCGUGGUGACCGUGGACGACCUCCGGGGGGUCUACAGUGGCCGCGCCCACCCCAAGGUGCGAAGCGGGGAGCGGACCGAGGAGGAGGUCCUCCGCCGCUUCCUGGACAACUUCGACUCCUCUGAGAAGGAUGGGCAGGUCACUCUGGCUGAAUUCCAGGACUACUACAGCGGCGUGAGCGCCUCCGUGGACACAGAUGAGGAGUUUGUGGCCAUGAUGACCAGCGCCUGGCAGCUGUGAGCAGUACACGCUUACCCAGCCAGCACCAUCGUAGUGUAGGACCCCCACCCUGGCCCCCGAGCCCUGGCCCCUCUCACCUGGGCUUCUAGCUGCACAGCGCCCAGGGUGGGGGGGCUACGGAGGAAUGUGGAAGAUUGAGGCUGCGGGACCGGCCGGACCGGGUCUCAGAGGACCCAGCUUGGCCAUCGGGUGGGAGGAGGACAGAGGUUCCAAGGAUGGGUCACUGGCUCAGAAUCCCUGUCCCUGCUGUGCUGACCUCAGGCCUCACAAAGCCACUGCAGAUGCCCCCCACCCUGCUUCCUCCCGUCUCUGCUCAGUGAAUCCUCCGCCCUGCCCCUGCGCGUGCCCCCCCACCCCGCCCCCCACCCAGGGAAGCCAGACGGCCGGGGACAAAGCAAAGCUCAGCACGGAGGCGGCCAGUCUUGGAAGGCAGCCAAGUGUGGUGACCUGCCCGGACGUGCAGUGGGGCGCAGGGGCCAGGCUGGCCCGGGAGCCGGAGGCUGUUCUUGGCCAGGCUGUCUGGCUUCCUGAGGCCCCUGGGGCAUGCAGGAGGCCAGGGUUUUAGUUAAAAGUUUUAAUGUAGUUCCCAAAUACAUUUCAUAUGACAAUCUUACAUAAAUGUUCCAAAACA